GUACAUGGUAUAACAGGUAUGCUCAAAACUAACAGCUAGCAUUUUCAAAGUUAGCCCAGCUGACGUCAUCCGACCCUGCGUUGCCAUUUCGUAAAAAAUAAAUUACCCACGUCCAAUGUUUUUAAUUUACUUUGCAAAGCAAUUAAUUUUGUUCUUUUAAUAAAAGAUUUAUUUACUUACGUACAGUUUUAAUAGAGGGAAACCACUGCCCUAUUUUUCCCUAAAAAAGUAGUAUGGUGAAAUGCUACACCGACAAGAGCGUGGCUCUUAAAUUGAUGAUGAUGACAGUUUUAAUGAUUUUUGUAUACGUGACAAAUAUUAGUAAUUAAAUACAUUUAGUCAGUAAUUCACUUAAUUUUCAACAAUAAAAUUCGCGUCCUUAGAAUGUUGGAGAUACCAAUUGAAUGGCAACACUUACGUCAUCAAUGGGCUAGCAAUGGCGGCUUGUCGUAGAAUUGAGCAUACCUGGUUAUGUAUGGACAGAUGGACGGGCAUGUUUAUGUAGUACCUACUUAUAGUGUGGCAUGAUGAUACAGCGGCGCGAUGUACGGCGCAAGGUGCGUGCGGCCGAGGGCAGCGGCGGGGUGGGUCGCGGCGUUGCUGAUGCUGCUGGUACUGCUACGAGGCCCACAGACGCAGCAAGCCUCCUCUGGGCAUCAUCACAGUAUCAUGUACACAUCAUCCAACGAGAGCAUGAACACGGAGUCUACCCCCCCACCGCGCGUCAUCCUCACCAAGGAGCUAUACGUGCCCGGGCACCGGGUGGCGCACCCGGAACUGUGUCCGCAGCUGGGCGCGGGGCUGGCGCUGCUGGUGCUGGUGACGUCAGCGCCAGAGAACAGCAGCGCGCGCUACGCCGUGCGCCACACGUGGGGCAGCUUCGCACGCCGGUCAGACAUCGUCCUGGCUUUUGUUAUCGGACAAUCACCGAGAAAAUAUCACAAGCGGCUAGCGCGCGAGGACGCGUUGUACGGAGACAUGAUCCAGGGCAACUGUGUGGACUCGUACUCCAACCUGACGCUGAAGGUGCUGUCGAUGCUGGAGUGGGCCGACACGUACUGCCCGCGCGCGCCGCGGCUGCUCAAGACCGACGACGACGUGUUCCCCAACUUGCCGCGCCUGCUGCGCUUCCUCGCUGCGCCCCAGCGCGCCAACGCCACGCACACUGUGUGGGGGCAGUAUAAUGCAAUAAUAUACCAAAACCCUCGCCGCAAUAAAAGAGACAAGUGGUUUCUCACCAAGGUGCAGUACCCAUCGGCCUUGUUGCCCAUGUUCUUCAGUGGCACCGGGUACGUGAUGACGGCGGACUGCGUGCGGCCGAUGCUGCGGGCCGCGGGCGACAGGCCCUACAUCAGGCUGGAGGAUGUGUUCAUCACCGGCGUGCUUGCUAGCGCACUCGGGUUCAACCGGCCGCGAACAAAGGAAUUCACAGGGGCCUCGCAGUCAUCCGGUAAGCCGCCGUGCGUGGUGCAGCGCAACUUUAUCUUGCACAAGGUGUGGCCCCACCAGCAGUACGAGCUGUGGCGCCAGCUGCACGCCGCAGCCGACAAGUGCACGUAGCAUUUGGGUACUUACCUAUAGCAGUGGUAGGAGACCGGUGGAGUUCCCUUUGUCGCUAACGAUUCACGAUUCCCGCUGUAUGGCGGCCUUGUGAUGCUAAUACUUUGUAUACAGGCUGUUAGUGAUUCAGACCAUCCAUCAUAAACCUAACUCGUGCAAAAUUGACACCAUAAACUACAGAGUUGCAUGCCAGCGACAUUAUGUUUAGAAGGAGACAAAUUUGUCACUGUGAUCGCUUUCUAUACACGCUUUUUGGUCGACGAGAUUAGUUGUUUUAUUACACAGGCGACAGUGACAUCGUAACGAAAACUUUGAGGGAUGAUUCAGACCAUGAUUCUGAGUUGAUAUCAAGUGGAUGUUCCUGUCGGAAAAUUCAUGAUACUUUUAGUGGUUUAUUAAAUUAUUUUCAGCUCCAUACUUUUGCUAUGGAAAAUUCUACUUGAUAUCAACACAGAUUCAUGGUCUAAAUCAUCCUUUAAAGUUUUCGUUACGAUGUCACUAUUAAUUAAAUAAAUUAUGUAAGUACUUAUAUUAAUACCUAAUUCAAGCCGUGCCUUUGGGCACAAUUUAUAAGACAAAUUAUCUUAAUACGCCUUUAUAGUUGCUCUCUUGCCCUUUUUUUACCUACACAUCUUAUAUUAUGACAAGGCAAAAACUUAUAAAUAACUAGCAAUAAAACUCUUAAAGUAACAAAUACACUUUUUAUAAGUUUUAUAAGAAUCACAUAGGAAGCCAUAAUACGGGCGAUUAAUUUCAAUAAAAUAA